UCCUAAGUGUUGGUAUAUCCUAGGCCAUUUUGGAGAGUUCCAACCAAUGCUGUUGCAACUGCUCAUCCAAUUGGCCUGUAGGUGUACUUAUGCAACCAACCAUGCUAGUCACUUGCGCUGCUUGCCCCAUGCAGCACUCGUCUUUCUCCCAUACCUAUGAGACUUGUGUCUAACCUCACUGGCCAAUAAUCUCGCGAAAAAAAUUUUAGAUUCUAUGAGAGCUUAGGGUUGAUGUGUUACACUUUUGAGACGACAAAGGAAAGAAUAAUUUGACUAUUAGAGUGCUAUCUCUAGUUCUGAUCUCUUUGUGAUGAUCCUUUAUGUUUGGUUACGUCUGGGCUUUGGUGUUGGUAUGCCUUAAGAGGUGCUAAUGGUGCUUUGUAGCAGAGCUUUGGUGGAGGUUUGUGGAUCUUCUCACCCAUUAAAGCUUAUGGAUUCAUCUGUUUUAUUCUGCUUCUUUAGGCGGGCCGGGCUCAUCCCCUGGAUUGGGUUUUUGAUUGUAUUAUCCUGGAUGGACUUAGCCCCCCUGACAGCACACCCUUUUUGCUCCUUUAAAAAUUAAUGAAAUUCUAAUUUCAGUUGAUUUUAUUUAUAUAUAUAUAUUUUUUAUUUACUUUUUAUAUUUAUUCAAUUUGUUUUAAAAAACUCUGUAAAUACUAAAUAUUGAUUAAUCCUUUAUUCCUCAAUCUUGUCUCUUCUGUGUCACGUGUGUCGCUUUCAUUUGUGUCGCUUUCUCAUUCGUUUUGUUUCCCUGCGCCCUCCACCUGAAAACAAGUCUCCUCCUUCUCUUCUACAGUAGAGAAGCCUUGUAGUCUGUCGAGGGACAGAGGGAGGAGAACCAAUGGUGUCCAAACACAGAAAGAAAGCUGAUGGAGGCUCGACCAGCGAAAACUUCAACAGGGAUACUAACUUAAACAUUAACAAUAAGAAUGCUGAAGGUCUUGAACUUGAAGGGAAGGGAACUGGUGGUGGGGAUCCAGGGUAUGAGGAGUUGAGGGAGCAGAGAAUUAAAGAGAACAAGGAGAGAAUGAAAAAGUUGGGCAUUUUCGAUCUUUCUCUCAAGCUCAAGUCUCAACCUCGCCCAACCAAAAAACCUACUCAAAAUGUUUCUUCUCAGAAGAAACCUCAAAGCACUUUGACCCUCUCUGCCUCCCCACGCCGCUCUUCUAGGUUGAAGACUCUGACUCCAGUUAACUAUUCAGAAAUAUUUCCUCAAAAAAAGAAAGGGUCUGCUAAGGGUCUGGAGAUUCGGCUACAAGAAGGUUCUAAGCCAGAGAUAUAUUCAGAAGAAGAUGAGAAGCUUUUGGGUGAUUGUCAGUCGACGUGGACUUUGUUCGUGGAUGGAUAUGGCAAGGAUGGAAAGCGCAUGUAUGAUCAGGAGAAGGUUGAAUCAUGCCAUCAAUGCAGAAAAGAUGCCUUCACGAAGUCUGCAAGAGCUGAUCAUGAAGGGAGCUAUUCUAUGCAGAAAACUCAUGGGCAUCAUACCCAUUGCAGUAAAUGCAACACAGGCCAAGGGCAAUUUUGUGGGGAUUGCUUAUACAUGAGGUAUGGAGAGAAUGUGAUCGAAGUCAAUGAGAAUCCGAAUUGGAUUUGCCCUGUUUGUCGUGGAAUUUGCAAUUGCAGCAUUUGCCGGAAGGCGAAAGGAUGGGCACCAACUGGUUCUCUUUUUAGAAAGGUUACUAGGCUAGGCUUUAAGUCUGUGGCACAUUAUUUGAUUCAAACCCGACGUUCUAAAAUUCACUCGGAAUAUUCUGAUGUUGAAAAUCUGCAGUCUGAAGGGAAAGAACUGCCUCCUGCAAAUCAAGGAUCCCAGCUUGCCACCCAUUAUGAAUCUCUACAUGCAGAUGAGCACAAAAAUAGAUACCCUGAUCUUGAACCUGAUGGCAAUGAAGUUGAGAUGGAAGAAGACAAAAAGCAAGUGUUCUGCUCUGGUAGUAGCAAACCUGUUGGUAUGAAUGAUGUAUUUAAUGAUAGCGACAGUGAUAAUUCUGUUUAUGAUGUUAAUGAGCCCAAAGAGGAUAUAGAAAACAUGGGGGUUGAUAAAACUGGUGAUCAUGAUAAUUGAAGGAAAGAGAGAGAAAACAUGGGUAUGCAGUGAUUUAGUGAAUCCAACUUACAUAUUGGCACCAGAGUAAUUCUAAUCCUCAGUUAGAAGAAUGAGAAUCACACUAAUGCUCAGAAGAAUGACUUUCUCUUUCUGAUGAAAAUUGUUCCCAUAUUCACUAGUAAGGACUCCCAUUCUAUGCCUUUGUGUACAAUGGGAGCACUACAUAUGAAGUUUUGUAAACUAGUUGCUUUUGUCAAGUUAUUCCAUGUUCUUAUUAUCUUCACUGGCAAUGUUUGUAGAUUUCUUUUUGUUCAUUUGGUACCUCAGAAUCGUUUCUCAUCUGAAUAUGUAGGCUUAUAUUUCGUGGUGUAGUGCCUGUGUUGUGUACAUUAUAACAUGAUUAUGCAGUAUAUGGUACUGCUAAAUCAGAGGUGUUGGCAGUUGAAUUUAUGUUGUCAAGUUCUCAGAUCAUAAA